AUGGGGUUUUCAAGACUAAGGAUUGGUCGCCCCUUGAAAGAAAGGUGGGAGGUCCCUCCCAUGGGUUCAAUCAAGGCUAACUGCGACGCUGCUCUUCCUCAAGGUGGUGCUACUAGCGGGCUAGGUAUUAUGCUUAGAAAUCACAACGGCCACCCUAUAAAGGCGCUUUCCAUUCCCCAUGUUGUAGCCUCUGCAAUUCAAGGAGAAGCCUUAGCCAUUAGAUUAGCUCUUAAGCAUGCUCAUGAUUCAGGAAUCAUAAAUCUCCUUGUCGUAUCAGAUAAUAAGGAGAUCAUCAACUACAUUGAAGAUCCUACUCGCAUCCCCCCUCUUGAAGUAGCAGUGGCCAUUGAUGACAUUCGAGAACUGAGUUAUUCUUUUGUUUCAAUAUCUUUUCUUUUUGUUCCACGAGCUAUGAACUCGAUUUGUUACUGA